AUGAAUCCCUUUUCAAUUCUAGAUAUACAACAUUCUCCCUUAGACGAACCACGAAUACUCAUUGUACAACUAGAAAAAUCUGAUUCUCCAGAAAAACCAGACCAGGCGUAUGGUGGACCACCAUCUUUACGUUCUUCUUCGCCUACAACAAGCGUAUCAUCCAGCACAAGUUCGUGUCACUGUCCGUGCCCAUGUCAUGCGCCUCCAGUUGAAAUCGUCAAUGCGUGCACCAUAUGCUGUGCUGCAUUUGUUUCAGCUUUAGCUGUUUGCUUUUGUGGACCAUGUAAAUGGUGUUGUGAAACCGUAUGCGGUCGCCCUUGUAAGGGUUCAGAACCACCAACAGGUCCUAUUUCACAACGUCCAUCUACGCCAACAGGCUCUAUUUCACAACGUCUAUCUACGCCAACAAGCUCUAUUUCACAACAUCCAUCUACGCCAACAGGCUCUAUUUCACGACGUCCAUCUACGCCAACAGGCUCUAUUUCACAACGCCCAUCUACGCCAACAAGCUCUAUUUCACGACGUCCAUCUACGCCAACAGGUUCUAUUCCGCCACCUUCAUCUACACCAAUCCAACCUCAAAUUGAAACUCCAGAUACAGUAUGUCAUAAACGACAUUUUGCAAUUGAUGAACAAGAAUGUUUAAGAAUUUUCAAUUAA